AUGAAGGGAGAAGAUCACAUAAGGACUUUGUUUGGGAUUACGCUAACAGAUAAACCAACAUGGCAACAAUUUCUUAUUUGUUCUUCUGGAUUUUUCUUUGGGUAUCUUGUUAAUGGCAUCUGUGAGGAAUACGUAUAUAACAGGCUUAAAUUCAGCUAUGGAUGGUACUUUACAUUCGUACAAGGCUUUGUAUACUUAACACUCAUAAGUUUACAAGGAUUCACCACAAAGCAAAUGGUGAAUCCAUGGAAAAUGUACGUUAAGCUUUCUGCUGUUCUUAUGGGUUCUCAUGGAUUAACAAAAGGAUCCUUGGCUUAUCUCAAUUAUCCUGCUCAACUAAUGUUCAAAUCAACCAAGGUUUUACCUGUUAUGAUGAUGGGAGCUUUCAUUCCUGGUUUGAGAAGAAAGUAUCCCCCACGUGAAUAUUUUUCUGCUGUUCUUCUUGUUGUUGGAUUGAUCCUCUUCACAUUAGCUGAUGCCAAUAGUUCUCCAAAUUUUAGUAUUAUUGGUGUUGUGAUGGUUUCUGGAGCCUUAGUCAUGGAUUCCUUUUUGGGUAAUUUGCAAGAAGCCAUUUUUACCAUUAAUCGUGAUACUACUCAGAUGGAAAUGCUAUUCUGCUCAACAGUCGUUGGAACACCUUUCUUGAUUCCACCAAUGGUUUUAACAGGAGAAUUAUUCAGAGCAUGGAAUUCAUGUUUUGAACAUCCUUAUGUAUACGGGGUUUUGGUUUUUGAAGCUGUGGCUACAUUUGUAGGCCAAGUAUCCGUUCUAUCACUAAUUGCCAUUUUUGGAGCUGCAACCACUGCUUUGGUAACAACUGCAAGAAAGGCAGUAACUUUAUUGUUAUCUUAUAUAAUAUUUACAAAGCCCAUGUCAGAACAACAUGCAAUGGGGUUAAUUUUAAUAGCUGCGGGUAUUAUGAUGAAAAUGUUGCCUGAUCAUAAGAUUCCUCAAAAGCUAAGAUUACCGGAUGCAAUUGUAAAACAAGUAAAAUCUUAUCCUAGAGAUGAAAAGAAUGAAGAACAGGAUGAUGAAAAGAGGUCUUUGGUGUGAAAUGGUUAUUGAAAUUGGUGAUUUUUUGUUGUUGUGGUUGUUGUUGUUGUUGAGAUUGAAAGAAGGUUUUGGUAGGGGUGUAAUGUUAGAUAUAUGAUGGUUUUGUUUUUGUUGAUUUGGAUGUGUAGUUAGAUUGAUUUGAAGUUUAAUUGGCGGGAUGUAUUGAUAUUUGGAAAUGGAUUUUCGAG